AUGACCAGUGCUACUUCAAGGUCGACAGCCUUGCCAAAUCGGAUGAUGGCAAAAUCCGUCAUUGUGAACAGUACUCUCCAACCCCAAGAUGAGUGUACAGAAGGCGGACAAGCAGAGGUGUUCAUUGUCGAGGAUCUUGACAAGGGCAUUGAGGUUUUGGAAAGCGCUGACGUCAAGUACUCUGUCACUGGAGAUGAUGUUCAUAAUUGCUAUCUCCUUAUGAUCGAAGAAUAUUCAGCAAACCAUACGAAAUGGAACAACUUCGACGAUUCGCUUAGUGUGGAUACUGAUGGUCUCGACUUCAAUCUUUAA